UAGAAAGCUAAAAUGGCGUCCGCUUUGUAUGAGCAGAUCCAGUGUGCCAUCUGUUUGUGUGACUUCACUGACCCAGUCAGUCUACCAUGCGAGCAUUCCUUCUGCAGGCUGUGUAUCUUGGGUCACCUGCAGGCGUGCAGCGGUCAAAGCUCAUGUCCUGAGUGCAGACAGCAGUUCACCAAGGACGAUCUGCGGCCCAGCCGGCUGCUGAGGAACGUGAUUGAAGCCAUCCAAGAUCAUCUGAAGGAAAAACAAAGUACAGCGGUCCAGAACACGGACCUCAACACUUCUGGUCUUGUCUGCGCUGAGCAUGAUGAGAAGCUGAGGCUGUUUUGUGAGACUGACCAGACACUAAUGUGCGUGAUCUGUAGAGAUGGAACCAAACAUCAGGGGCACCAGUACAAACCUGUUAAAGAGGUGGUCAGCACUAAGAAGGACGAUGUAAAGAGAGCGCUGGAAAUCCUGUCCACAGAAUACAGAGAACUGAAUGACUUAGUCAAAGAGCAAACGGCAGAGAUAGAAAAAUCCAAGGUGAAAUCGAACCUCCUGUCAGGCCAGAUAUCUUCUCAGUUCGAGGAGCUGCAUCACUUCCUGAGAAAGAAGGAAGAAGAGAUAAAGAAGCAGCUGGAAAUGGAGGAGAAAAGAUGUUUGGAACCAAUGGAAGAAAAGAAGACUAUGAUAGAAACGUUACUAAAGGAAGGGAAAAGAGACCAAGACAUUCUAAAAUCAGCCCUUAACAUUAAUCAGCCUGAAAUAUUUCUGAAGUGGUGGAAUGAAAAAGGUCUUUCCAUUACAGAAAACAUUCAGAAGAAAGAGACUCUGUUCUUGGGAGAGGAGGAUGACACACUCCUGUUAAAGGACACGAAUUUCAUGGUAAUACCCGACUCGCUCUCUCUCGGCCCCUAUGAGAGCCACUUGCAGUUCUUUGUGUGGAAAGAGAUGCUGAAGUCUAUCAAGCCAGUUGCUGAAUGCUUUACCAUAAGCCCACGCACACCUCUGAUUGUUUCUCCUGAUGGACUCAGUGUCCGGCAGAGGGACAUUGACCUUCAUGACCAUGAAGACAUUUACAGCAAUGAGACGGUCAGUGCUGAGGAAACAUUCACAACAGGCCAGCACUACUGGGAGCUAGAGGUGGGGCAAAAGCCUGACUGGACUGUGGGUGUAGAGAAGAGGAUGGAGGGAGCAAAUUUACUGGCCAGACUUACGGGAUGGAAACAUUGUAUCUCAAAGGUCCACCUACGGCUCAAGCAUGACCAGGGCUACGUCCUCAACUGCAAUGAUAUCGAGACACCCAUAUUAACAGAUAUCAACACAAGACCCAGGAAGAUAGGGUUAUAUCUGGACUGUGAAAGAAAUGAGGUCCACUUCUAUAAUGCUGAUAACAUGAGCCUCAUACACAAGUUUACAUGUAGCUUUCAGUGGCCGUGGUCAGUCAGUCUGUGGCCAGGGCCUUAUCUGAGAGGGACAAACAGCAGCCCACUAUCAGUGUGCUGCUACACAGUAUAAUAUGCUAGCUAAACUGAAUAACUGGUCAUCUGUGGUCUGUAUUCGUCAACUGAUUCCUCGUUUCUACAAUCACUAUCCGUUUUAUCAGCUCCACUGACCAUAUAGGAGCACUUUGUAGUUGUUUGUUAGCCCCCUUUUCACCUUGUUUUUCAAAGGUCAG